CACCUCUCGCGACAGCCCCGCGUCGCCAUCUUAGUUAUUCUGGCGCGGUGAUCUCCGUAGUCGCUGCCGCCGUCCGCGCUGCCGGUGGGGGGCAGGGGGCGAGAAAAAAAGAAAAGCCAAAAAAGCAAAAAAAAAGCGCGUAAGCGGCGGCCUUGGCAAGCCGGGUUUCGCGGGCGGCUGCCACGGUCCAGCUGCGAGAGCGGAGUUUUUCUCUCUCUCACACACAUACAGAUCCCCCCCCGCCCCCACGAGCGGUUUUGUUGGGCGUCCAGCAGCUGCGUCCGGCCCGCUUGUGGCGAGGAGUGUCGCGUCAACUGUCGUUGCUGCGGUGCCGCCCCCUUUCUCGGCUGGGUCCCCGGGGCCCUCGCGGCCACCGCCACCACUGCUGCCAUUGCUGGUCGGGGAGGCGGGGCUGGGGCCGCUCUGGAUGGUGGUUAAAAUGAUCAUAGAAAACUUCGAGGCGCUGAAAUCCUGGCUCAGCAAAACCUUGGAGCCCAUAUGUGAUGCAGAUCCAUCAGCCCUUGCUAAGUAUGUUCUUGCUUUGGUGAAAAAAGAUAAAAGUGAGAAAGAACUUAAAGCACUAUGUGUGGAUCAACUGGAUGUAUUUCUUCAGAAGGAGACACAGAUAUUUGUAGAAAAAUUAUUUGAUGCCGUAAAUACCAAGAGCUAUCUACCUCCACCCGAGCUGCCAUCUUCAGGAAGCCUGAAAUCAGACUUCUUUCAGCAUCAAGAAAAAGAAGCAAAAAAAGAAGAGAUAAUUAAGGAAGAAGAACGAGAGAAAAAAUUCUCUAGAAGGCUUAAUCAUAGUCCUCCUCAGUCAAGUUCACGAUACCGAGACACCAGAAGCAGGGAUGACAGAAAGAAAGACGACCGUUCUCGCAAAAGAGAUUAUGAUCGGAAUCCUCCACGAAGAGAAUCCUAUAGGGACCGCUACAAUAGAAGAAGGGGAAGGAGCCGAAGCUACAGCAGGAGCCGUAGUCGAAGCUGGAGCAAAGAAAGGUUGCGGGACAGAGAUAGAGAUAGAAGUAGGAGUCGCACUAGAAGCAGAACAAGAAGUAGAGUUCUCCAAUAUUGUUUUCUAGAAAGAGAUCUGGGGAAGCCGAAGUAUGACUUGGACAGAACGGAGCCAUUAGAAAAUAGUUACCCUGCGGUUUCUUCAGUAACAAACAUUUCAUCCGCUCACUAUCCUGUCCCUACACUAAGUAGCACUAUAACUGUCAUUGCUCCUGCUCAUCAUGGAAAUAGUACUACUGAAAGUUGGUCAGAAUUUCAUGAAGAACAGUUGGAACACAAUUCCUAUGGAAGGCCUCCCCUACCAAAGAAACGGUGCAGAGACUAUGACGAGAAAGGUUUUUGUAUGAGAGGAGAUAUGUGUCCCUUUGAUCAUGGAAGUGACCCUGUAGUUGUAGAAGAUGUGAACCUUCCAGGAAUACUACCUUUUCCAGCGCAGCCUCCGGUUGUUGAAGGACCUCCUCCUCCGGGGCUUCCUCCUCCACCACCUAUUCUUACUCCUCCUCCUGUAAACCUUAGACCUCCUGUCCCACCACCAGGCCCUUUACCACCUAGUCUUCCACCUGUUACAGGACCACCACCUCCACUACCACCGUUGCAGCCCUCCGGCAUGGAUGCCCCCCCAAAUUCUGCUACCAGCUCCGUUCCUACAGUUGUAACCACGGGUAUUCAUCACCAGCCGCCACCUGCUCCGCCCUCUCUCUUCACAGAAACAUACGACACGGAUGGCUACAAUCCUGAAGCACCAAGUAUAACCAGCACUUCAAGACCCAUGUAUAGACACAGAGUCCAUGCCCAAAGACCAAAUUUGAUAGGACUUACCUCAGGUGAUAUGGACCUGCCACCAAGAGAAAAACCUCCCAAUAAAAGCAGUAUGAGGAUUGUAGUGGAUUCAGAGUCCCGGAAGAGAACUAUCGGUGCAGGUGAUGGACUUGCAGCAAAGAAGAAUUGGUUUGACAAACAAAAUUUUAAUAGAACAAAUAGUCCUGCUUUCCAGAAGAAGAUGCAAUUUGGGAAUGAAAACACAAAACUUGAACUGAGGAGAAUUCCCCCAGAGCUUAAUAAUAUCAGCAAACUAAAUGAACACUUCUGCAAAUUUGGAAAUUUAGUGAAUUUGCAGGUUGCCUACCAGGGAGAUCCAGAAGGUGCCCUCAUCCAGUUUGCUACCCACGAGGAAGCUAAAAAAGCAAUAUCGAGUACAGAAGCAGUCUUAAAUAAUCGAUUUAUCAAAGUCUAUUGGCAUAGAGAAGGCAGUACUCCCCCAAUUACAACUUCAGUUCCGAAGGUAAUACAGCCUUUAGUCCAGCAGCCCAUUUUGCCAGUUGUGAAGCAGUCAGUCAAGGAACGAUUAGGCCCGGUGCCUAUCAGUAACAUUGAACCUGCUGAAGCACAGAGUGCCAGUGCAGAAAUUGUUCAGAAUGUAACCAAACUUUCUGUGAAGGAUAGACUUGGGUUUGUGCCUAAACCAUCUAUUCCAACUACAGAAAAGGUGUUGUCAACUUCUACUGGCUUGACAAAAACAGUAUAUAAUCCAGCUGCUUUGAAGGCAGCUCAGAAAACUUUGCCUGUUGUUAACACUGCCCUGUUAGAUUCCAAUGAAGCACAGAAGAAAAAACAGGAGGCAUUAAGACUUCAGCAAGAUGUGAGGAAGAAAAAACAAGAGAUCCUGGAAAAACAUAUUGAAACACAAAAGAUGCUGAUUUCAAAACUGGAGAAAAAUAAAAAUAUGAAGUUAGAAGACAAAGCUGAAAUCAUGAAAACUCUGGAGACAUUAACCAACAGUAUCACCAAGUUAAAGGAUGAAUUAAAAGGAGUUUCCUCAACAAGCACUCUGGUAAAAAGCAUGAAAACAAGGACACAGAUGCAGAAAGAACUAUUGGAUACAGAGUUGGACUUAUAUAAGAAAAUGCAGGCUGGAGAAGAAGUUACUGAAUUAAGGAGAAAGUAUACAGAACUGCAGCUUGAAGCAGCAAAACGAGGCAUUCUUUCCUCUGGCCGCGGGAGAGGAAUGCACGCACGAGGUCGAGGGGUAUCUCGUGGGAGAGGUAGGGGAGGUCGAGGCCGGGGUCGAGGAAGAAGUCUUUCUGUUCAUGCUGUGGUGGAUCAUCGUCCUCGAGCCCUAGAAAUCUCAGCUUUUACGGAGAAUGACAGGGAAGAUCUCCUUCCUCAUUUUGCGCAAUAUGGUGAAAUUGAAGACUGCCAGAUAGAUGAUUCUUCUCUCCAUGCAGUGAUUACAUUCAAAACAAGAGCAGAAGCAGAAGCAGCCGCUAUCCACGGAUCUCGAUUUAAAGGGCAAGACCUGAAGUUAGCAUGGAACAAGCCAGUAACAAAUAUGUCAACCGUGGAAACUGAAGAGACCGAGCCAGAUGACGAGGAAUUUCAGGAAGAAUCCUUGGUAGAUGACUCAUUGCUUCAAGAUGAUGAUGAAGAGGAUGAUGACAAUGAAUCUCGUUCAUGGAGAAGAUGAUUCAACUGAUCAGAGACAGCGCUAGAGAUUUAGCUACAUUGCAUUAACAUUUCCUAAAGAACUUUUGAAUAUUUGUACUGCAAGACAAUUGGAUGGAAAGAGAGAUGGAUUUCAGAUGAGAAACAAGCGGCUGAUUGAUCCUGUAUUUUGAGUGAUUGAUGUUCAGGUUGCAUUUACAUUUCGGUAAAUGAUUGCUACAGACAUCGUAUUAGGAACAUAUGCAAUGUUUUUAUUCUAUGGAAACAUUACAGAAUUCUUUGGAUUCUUUGUAAUUUAAAAACAAUUGGUCACACAUCAAAAUGACCAAACGUUGCUAUAACAUAGAAUAUUCUUUGUUUGUUUGUUUUAUUCCAAGUAUGGAAUGAAAAUUUGCAUUUAAGAUCUUUGUGAAUGUUUUCGGAAAUAAUAGAUAACAGUACUAAACUGAAGUCUCUAAAGUUAUGUAUUCAUAAUAUUGCAUAGUAGUAUGCUUAGGCUUUACUAUGUACUAGCCUUUUGUUGGAUUUGUGAACGUAUUUUACGUAUGAGUUUUAACGAUACAGUGUAUGAUUGCUUUGCAUAUAUCUCUUUAUCACCUUAAGAUGUUAAAAAAAUAAAGAAAUGGAAUGGUCUUGGGGAAAAAAAAGAAAAAAAAGCAAUAAUAAUGAAAUUAUACCCACAGCCCAUGAUAAUGGCAAAAAAAAAUAAUAAUUAAAAAGAUUUUUAAAAAAUUCCAAGAGACCAUUCCAAGUGGCAAUCCCAACCCCCCAAUCGUCAAGAAAAGAGCUGAAUCACUGUCAUUUUUUCACUUCAUAAUGAAUAAAACAAUACAGAAAACAAGGCAUUGAAGCCAUAUUGCUCAGUUUACAUAUAUACAGUGCGCUAAAAUCUUUUGAAACACACUUUAAACUGCUAAACUGGCAAUCUAACGUCAGAUGGAGUUCUUGCAUUGAAGCAAAUCUUCCUCACACCUGGGGAAUCGAAAAUCACUUUCUCCUGCGAAGAAGACUUGAGCUUAAAGAUCCGUAACAAAAUGAGUUGCAAAACUGGUAUGUACUUUUUUUAGUUAUUAAUCGCUUAAAAUAGUUCAAAGAAUCCAAAUAGAGUUUCCUAUCGAAGGUGCAUAGUUUGAAGCUCUUUAGACCAAGAAAACGUAAUUUAUCCUAAUUCUGUUAAAUGUUGUAUUUGUUAAAUAAGCAGAAAGUUGCUCUCCUUUGCUCUUUACUAAGACUUUUUGAUUUGUAUUUUAUAUUAUAAUGACCAUGAUAAGUGACUUGACAGCUUGCCUUAUUCAAUCUGGUUUUUUUUUUUUUUUUUUUGGCCUGCUGCUUCCUGUCCCUUUCUCAACCUCCUUCCGAGAAGGCGUCAAAUUACCUAGCGUAAAAUACAGGAGCAGGAGGGAUGAUAGCAUUUAAUAUUGGUUUGGAUCCUAAAACAUGAUAGAAAUUUGUAAAAAACAAAAGCAAAGAACCCUGCUUUUCUGGAUACAAUUUCCUAUAUCCUCUUUCCUGUAGUCCAGGAAUAUUUCCUUACUUACCAAUAGCACUUUUUCUAAAGAUCAUAAGUAACUGAAACUGAAAGGAAUAGAACAUACUUCCAUUAAUUUCCUUAAAUGAUUUUACCUAGGUUCCUAGCCAUCAAAUUUCAUCCUAGAAUAUAGUAUUUUGCAUAUCCAAAGAUGAGAAUUUCAAAGUGCUGUAUAAUAGUGACCUUGCUGAAGCUAAACAAGAACAGGUCUGAGCAUUGGUUUGAUUAAAAGCCUUGUGCUUUUAAGAAACGUUGACUAAUAAUUAAUAACUCUUAAUUACAAAACUGAUGUAUUUCAAGAAUACAUUGAGUGUUUCAUUACAAGAGACUAUUUCUGUUUUCUUUUAGGCAAAGGGAAAAAAAGACCACAUGUAAUCUUCAGUAUUUCAAGAUGUACAGUGCAGACUGAAAUGCAGUACAGCAUUCUUAAUAGAAGUAGGUUCGAGAAUCUCUUAAUUGAUUUUUUUAUGGAAUCUGAUCGAUAGAUUGCUGAUAACUAAAGUGUUAUAUUGUUAUACAGCUUAACAGAGCCUGAGUUACCACUUAGAAAGUAUCUCAUUCUGGCAAGAGAUGAAUUUGACCACAGUUCUAUAAAAUUUCAGAAAGUAAGAAAUAUAUGGUCUCUUUAUGGAGCAAUGAAAAUAAAAGAAUCACACCAUGAUAAAUGACUACUCGGAUCUGAAAUGACUCUAUGUUUAUUUCUUGAAGUUCUGAAUGCUUUUAGAUGCCGCAUUUGCUGCAUUUUAUUGCAAACAACACUGAAAUAAAUGAGACAGCAAUAUAAGAUGUUUUUGUUCUUUAGGAAUUUCAGCACAGAAGUACUAGAAAGUUUCAGCUGCAAAAAAAAUUCCCAUCAUUUGAAUCUUCCCUAAGCAAUGUUGAGAAAUGGUAGUCAAUGCAGCUUACCAUGGAUAAUUUAGCUGCAUUAUCUUAAGAAAUGCUGAACCAUGCAUUUGCUUCAACAUUGCAAACAAUAUUUUUAAAUUUCUAAACGAAUGGAUGGCCAUGUAAUGCUUUGCUCCUGGGGGAAAAAAACCUGAGUCAAGGUAGGCUUAAUUUUAAAGCAGGUACGUAUAAUUAUAUAUAUUCUCUGGGGAAAUGAAUUAUUUUGAAAGAACAAUAGUAUUAAGCAACAUUUCUUCACAAUUUGUUGUGAUGAUUUAUGUCUAGGAAAAAUGCAGGUAGUCUUCAACUUACCACCAGUUCAUUUAAUGACAGUUCUAAAAAGUGACAUAACCACUUUACUGAUGUUACUAAUGCUCUUCUCAGAUUUGUGGUAUCCAAGUUAAUAUCCAAAUGAAAACAAAUAUGCAACCUGGUUGGAUUUUUAAAAAAAUCCACUUAAUUGCAGAAAUGUUUCUGGUACCUUCCUAACUGAAUCUCUGGUACUCUCAUUAACGAAAACCUUGAACUAUUGCUGAAUUAAUGAUUAUGGAUUGAGGACUAUCUGUAAUAAUAGUAAUCAGCACAGCCUGAUCAACUGAUCAGGGCUAUAGAGUGUGUAAAAUUUGGAGGAAUAAAAUAUUGUUUAGAAAAAGAGAUUAUUUUUAAACUAGAGGAAGAAAGAUCCUUCAAAUAUAUAGAUACAUAUAUACACCUGCAGACAAAGAAAAAUAAGGUGAUUGUCUGUCUAUCUAUCUAUAUCUGCCUUUCUAUCUGUCUAUCUUAUUUUAACCUCUUAUUUUUAUUUAUUUGAAUACAUCUGUUGGCAGUUUCUUGUCUUCAUAUGAACCUACUGCAGCUCUGGAGAGUAGCUAGGUGAAAAGAAAUAGUUCCCAUAAUGAGUUGCUGGUAAGUAGCCAUUUGUCCCCCCCCAUGCUCCUUUUCCCCCUUGAGUCCAAAGGCUGGCACAAGGCGGAUUAGCAAUAGCAGAUUACCAACUUUAGACAUCGGUGUGAUAGAAAAGCAAAUGUUUAUUUUAUGUUAUAAAUUUAUAUAGAGUUGGAAUUAUAUGGGCUGAUUGUAAAUGGCCUACAGUAAAACUCUUGACAUGCCACAUUUUGAAUCAGGUGGUUUUUGAUCCAUCUUUAAAGAGAUGAAAAAGACCCAAUUAAUCAAGUUCAGUUACAGUUUAUUAGAAAAGGUGUUUAACAAUCUGCCUUUUUUUCUUUUCAAUCUUGGGAAUCACAUUUUUAUUUUGCUUACUUAAUGCUAAUUUACUUUACUAGGAGUUGCUUGUUUUAAUUGUAAUAAUUUUUAUUGUGUUAUUUUCUUUUACCCAGUUUUUGUUCCAUGAACAAAAAUCACAGCUAUCUUUGUCCAUAAAUCUUUUCACAGUAUCUUUAAGGGGAAAAAAAAAACGGUAAAGUUAUAAGGUUUUUAGAAGUGGUUUUAUAAACUUCAAAGUCUAGCCAGUUGUCUUUUACAAGCUUGAUAUAAAAAUGCAUGCAUUGAAUGAAAUGUGUGGAAUUGAUCUAAAAGUAUAUAUUUUUGUAUUGCUGAAGCAGUUUUUUUAAAGAGAUGUUUUUAUAUUUUCAGCCUCCUGCCAAAGUUGGCAGAAAUAUUCAAAAUGUUUUCAAAAAUGCAAAUAUAGCAUCUACUCUUGGACUAUUUUUGAGUUGCAGGCAUGAAAUAUUAUUUUUAUUCCCAGUCUAUUUUGCGGCUAAGGGCGUAAGAAUGAUAAAUAUAUUGUUUACAGUAUUGAGGCUAAUAUGAAAAAAGUAUGGCUUUUUUGCACAGUUACAAGUCUUGAGAGCUUUACUGUAGAUUGAUGAUUUUUCUCCUGGUUUUGCACUACUGAGAAAAAUUGCUAAAUGUUAUUGACAAGUAAAUGGAAAGAUGUAAUCUUGUGAUUUAAAUGGACAUCUUCAGUUCUCUUUCAAAUGAUAAAACAAUUUCUAAAACAACUCAAAUAUACUUGACUGAUAAACAUAUUAAUGAAGCUAGUAGUUGACUUUCACAUUAGCAACAUUUUUGUCCCUAAAUGAAAGUUUUAAUCAAUCUAGUAUAACCUUUUAUGCAGGUUAUACAAAAAUAGAAAAGCAGAUAAGAAUGCUUAAUUUCAAUCAUUUUCAUAUUUCCAUGACUUUUGUAAUGGGGGGGGGGGAGCUUUUCUGUUAUAGCAAAAGUAAUUAUUCUUGGUAAUAUAUUUGAGAAUGAAAUAAAAAGCCAGCACUUUAUAAAUGCUGCAUGUAUUUUUAAAAGAAUUCUGCACAUUGGAGGCUAGGGGGCACUGUCUACAUAACUAAAGCUAAUUUCAUUUUCUUUUAUGCGUCAGUUUAUCAUCAGACCUUUACAAUCUAACAAACGAAUGUUUAUGUUUUGCUAUGCAAAAUACGGUAUGUAUUCCUACAAAGAACUCAUUUAAAACUAUUUUUAUCUAAGCCGGUGUAUUCCUCUCAGGGAUCCAUCAUUGCUUAAGAUCAUUAUCAUGAAAUCAUUAAUGGAACUCAUACUAAUAUCCCUUAGCAAAUGCAAGCUUCACCUGCAUUACAAUCAUGUACAUUACUCUUCAUGCACGUUAGUGAAAGAAAUUCAGAAGACUUCAGUGAAUCAUAGAAAAGCAUUUCAUUCUGGAGAAGAGCCCACAACGACUUUCCUUCUUUAAAAAAGUACAAGUUUUCCAAUUAAUUGUCACAGUUUUAUUUGUUCAUAAUCUCCCAAUUAUGAUAAACCUGACUUUUUCAUUUAGCAGCUGCUUCCAAUGUUUUACUCCUUUUUCGGGCAUUUUCAAAAUAAACCAUAUGGACAUUUCUUCCCUAUUUUUAGAUGUUCAUAUUAACAUCUUAGAAAAUAGAAGCUGCACAGAAUGCUUGCGAGCAUGGUGGCCAAAUUGUGAGGCAGUCAUUGAAAUGAAAAUAAGAAAAAUAGAAAAGGAGCAUUUUCAUGCUUUGAGGAGAAAUGCAAUCAAACGUAUUGUUCAAUCUGCAAAAUUAUAUGUGAUAGUCUAUAUGUUGUCUGAUUAAAUUUACCUUCGGAUGCCUGGUUGCAAUAGUCUAACAUGGUUACCUAUCUUCUGAUUAAAAAGAUUUAUUUCCCCGUUAUCUCCUUAGCGAUCUGCAUUUUAUUUUAAAUAACCAUAAGAAAAUUCCUUACUUGCCAACAUUUGGCAAUAAAGAUUAGUUCCUUAUGUCGUAAUGUUCGUUAAAUAAUUUUGAUUUUAAUAUAAAUAUAUAUUUUUUAAAAUGUUAUUGUAUUGUACAAUUUUUGAUGGUUUAAACAUCCAGCUUUUAACAGAACUUUUUCAUAUUUAGAUGAUAAGGUUUUGAAAUAUGAUCUCUGUAAUCGAGGAGAUUAAAUAGUUAAUUAACAUCUCAGAGAAAAAUAUGUUGAUUAAUGUUGAGGCUAAUUCUUGUCUUGUAUAUACGUCAAUUUUUGCUUCAUUAUUCUACUUGUUCUCGCAAUUAAUAUUUCCACUUCCAGUUUAUUCUUUUCCUUUUUUUAAAAAGGUAGCAAUUACUGCUGUAAGUUUUAACUUAACUAUUUUGUGUGUGUGUGUGUGUGUGUGUGUGUACGUGUGUGUACUGAUUAAAGCAAGGAACAGUAUACCUAAUACAUUGCAAUCAUUUUUCUUGAAAUUGCAUUUGAAAAGAUGUGAUUGUUCUUGGACAAGAUCAUUGAUCA